AUGGAGCCUCACCUGGUACAGCUCGGCGAUGACUUUCCCUUCUACGUCGCCAGCUACGACGGCGUCCCAAGCGGCGAGUACGAAGCGCGCUUCAUCUACAAGGAGAUCUUUGGCGACAGCUGCUACGACGUCGCCCAGCUUUCCGACCCUCGACUCAUUGUCGACGUGGGCGCCAACAUUGGCCUUUUUACGGUCUACAUGAAGAAGAAGCACCCCUCCUGCCGCCUCGUCGCCUUCGAGCCGGCGCCCGACACCUUUGCCGUGCUGCAGGCCAACCUCGCCCUGCACAAGCUCGGCGGCGAUGGCGGCGGCGUGGUGGCGCACCGGCUGGCGCUCGGCGCCGAGGCCGGCUCCGGGUCGCUCACGUUCUUCCCGAACCUGCCGGGCAACUCGACGCUGGUGCCGGAUGAGAAGGCGCGCUUCCGGGAGCUGCUCGGAAAGGAGGUGGGCACCAACUUCACGGACAAGAUGUUUGGCGAGCAGGGCAAGGUGGAGGUGGCUAUCAGGCGGCUGUCGGACGUGCUGGACGAGGAGCACGGCGGGUUCGAGGCGAUCGACCUCCUCAAGGUAGACGUGGAGGGCGCGGAGCUGAGCGUACUCAAGGGGAUCAGUGAGGGUCACUGGGGGAAGAUUCGGAACAUCGUGCUCGAGACGUGCGACUUGAGCGGAGAGAGGGAGGAGCUGACCAAGUUGCUCGAGGAGAAGGGCUUCUCGCUGGAGAGCUCCAAGGCCGACUGGAGUCCCAAGGGAGCGCAGUUCUACACCAUCAUUGCCAGGCGCUUGAAGUAG